AUGGCCACUGCACAAAGACUUUUUAUCACUAUGUCUUGCGAAGCCAGCAUUCACUGGACAUUGCUUGCCUUUGUUCUCCUUUUUCUAGUUGGGAUUGCUUGAUAAGUGGUAAACAAAACUAACAGCACAUUGCUGGAAAGAGAAUGGCAAUCUCUGUUGUCCAGGUCCAUUGCUGGGAAGUCAGGGGAGAAGUCAGAUGUGAACUGGGAAGGUAACUAUUUGGUAGGAAUCAAGAGGCAGUUAAGGCUUUACUGCAACGUGGGCAUCGGGUUUCACCUUCAAAUCCUCCCAGAUGGAAGGAUAAGUGGAGUUCACAAUGAAAACCCAUACAGUCUCUUUGAAACAUCCACUGUAGAGAAAGGUGUUGUUACUGGUGUGAAAAGUAUUCUCUUCAUUGCAAUGAACGGGAAGCUAUAUGUAAUGGCUGUUUUUCAAGACAAAUGUAAAUUCAAGGAAACCUCGUUGCCCAAUAACUACAACGCAUAUAAAUCAAAUGCUGAAUAUCAAAUCUAUCAGUCAUCAAAUAUGAAUUACAUAGCUCUCGGCAAACAUAGGAGAGUGAAGAGAAGAAACAAGGUUUCUCCUCCCAUGACAGUGACACACUUUUUGCCCAGAAUGUGA